CCUGACACUCAGGCUAUUACUGGGAGGACUAAUGAAAGUCAAAUUUCUACCCAUGCAAUUAGCCAAGGUUAUGUGAAAGGAAACUAUGUCGGUGAUCCCAGCGGCACCUUCCAUGUGAGAAUGGGUUAGUUUGAGGGGUGAUUUCUGCCAAUAUUAACUUUCAAAUUUUGUUAUGCCAUUAUCCUAUGCUGUUAUUCAGUUUUCUUAGGAAUUCUUUUAUGCAUUUUCGAAUCCUAUUAUUCCCUUUCGAAUUCUGUUAUUCACUUUUCUGAUUUUACUAUGCCAUUAUGCAUUCUUUAAUUCAGUUUCCAAUUCUGUUAUUCGCUUUUGAAUUCUGUUAUGCAGUUUUCCACUUCUAUAAUUUGAUUGUACAGUCCCCUCAUGUAGUUGUGAAUCCUACUAUUUCCUUUCAAAUUUUGUUGUUCACUUUUCUUAUUCUAUUAGCUUAUGCCAUUAUUAUUCGCUUUCGAAUAUUAUGUUCUUUGUUCUUUCCGGGACUUCGUUUAUUUGGCCGUCGGUGCCCUUUGGACCAGUAACAAAUUGAUAAAACAUGAAAGACUUGGACGUUGACGUUUUACGGAAUCGAUUGCGAGUAUGGGUAAAUACGAUUCUACACCGGCAACUUCAUUCACCAAGUUUUGACUCUGAUAGUCACGAUUCUGUAUUCUACAGCGUCAAUAACCGUUUGGAAUUAUCGUUAGGUCAAUUGAGGCAUAAUGCAAGCUUUAUUCGACUCCUUAUCGAUGACUACUCUAAAAGCGAAAGCCAAAUAAGAGCUCAAAUUACAAAUAAACCAGUUGCUAUAGAGCGCUUCUUUGCAAUAUUUUGUUCUUCGGCUUUCUUUAUUCUCCGAAACAUAACCCUGAGCGAUUACCUGAGUGCUAAUAAUAAUGAUGACAUUCCAUGUGUUGUCUUUGAAUUGGAGUACGUAAUGUCGACUUCAUCCCGAAAGGACGAUCGAAGUAGUAUCUCGCUCUAG